GCCUUCACAGUGAGUGACACCCUCAGGCCUCUUUUAUUUUUUAUUUCAAGACAGGCACUUCCUCGGUCACUAAGUGGCUCAGGCUGGGUUUGAACUUACGAUCCUUCUGCCUCAGCCUCUGGAGCCCUGGGAUGAUAGAGAAGCAUUACCGUGCCCAUCUAUUUUAAUGAUCAGAAGAAUAAAGGGACUAGUGCAGAGAGCAGCCGUGUGCCGGGCUCCCAGGCGGCACACUUGGUGGCAUUUCUGUGGCCUCUCCUCCCCUCCAGUGGCGGUGCUCCUUUCCUGGCCCAGACGUCCGCAGACAGGGCAGCUCCAUGUCAGGGCGAAGGCUGGCGGGAUGCUCAGUGGCAGGCACCGUGGUAUCGCCGGCUGGGCUCUUCCCUGGGUGCACAGGGGAAGGGUGUCAGCUGUCAGUGGGAUUCAAUCCUCAAGGUCCAACCAAUGUCAGCGUUUCUUGGCCACUGUCAGCCUAGGACUGCAGCGUCCAGCCUGAUGGGACCUCACCGAGGAUGGGAGCACCUGGAGUGCCCGCCCGUUCCCACCUAAGCCCGCACUCCCACCUGCUGCUCCAGCCUGACCGAGGCCUGCAGGCUGAGGGUGUGGCCAGGGCCGUCACUCAGCCUUGGGAACCGGGGUGUCUCACCGGGCCAGGGCGGACUCAGUUUGAAAGUGCAGGCAAGGAAUGACCACAUGCGCUCCCUGUGUGAUGCUGGUGGUUCCCUGGGCCGUAGAGGAGGUGAUGCAGGCACAAGGACCCAGGCCAGCAGGACCUGCCACGUCGAGGUGUGGCUCCUGAGGUCGCCCGGGUGCUGGUGUCCAGGUGGGGCAGAGGGAGGCUCUGGAGCCCAUCAUUUCUGGCUGUGUGGCUACACCUUACGGCAAGGGACUUUGGAAGUAGAGUUGGCCGUGGGUCCAGGUGGUGGUGGGAGGGCAGGGGCCCUGGGCAGUCUUGAGGCUGUAGGAGGCGGGGCGUGGCCCAGGGAGCCGACCCUCCCCACCCCAUCCCAAGCACUGCAGGCCCGGGAGCUUGGGCGGUGGGGUGGCUCCGGCCGCACCCAGGUCAGCAGGUCCUGGGCAGAGAUGAGCAGGGUGCAGGCUCUGAGCACUGCCACCCCUGGUGCCCUGGCCAGACCGCCUUUUGACGUCCUGUCUGGAGUGGCCUGCAGGAGCAGAUGGCCGACGCUGCAGAAAAGAAAUACUUUGUGGGCCCGAAGGGGACCGGAGCUGGGACAGAACCCAUCAGCCCCAUCCCUCUGUCUUGGUGUGCUCACCAGCUCAGCACCUCGGGAUGCCACCAUCCUGGCCCCGGCCGGCGGGGCAGCACCUGGUCCGGAGAGGCCCUGCCUGGCUGCCUGGUGAAGUUAGCCCAUCGCCCCGCAGCUCAGUUUACCCGUUGUCCCCCGGUGGCCGUCCCCAGCUGCAGCUCCCUGC